AGCAGAUGUGUGUGUGUGGGGUCUUUCUCUUGUCUCUCUCUAAUUUUCUCUCAAAACAUUCUCUUAAAACACUCCAUUGAACACAAUAGAAUUCCAGGCCCACAAAAUGGAGAACUACUGGGGGUUUAGUUGGGGGUUGUUUGUGGCCAUUUUUGGUGGUCUAGUGGGGUUGAAGUGGUUGCUCAGGAGUGUGAAUUGCUGGCUCUAUGAGUCUAAGUUGGGUGAAAAACGCUUCUCUCUGCCUCCCGGUGAUAUGGGUUGGCCUUUGAUUGGCAAUAUGUGGUCUUUCCUCAGAGCCUUCAAGUCAUGUAACCCUGAUUCCUUCAUCUCCUCCUUUGUUUCCAGAUUUGGACCCAGUGGAUUAUACAAAACCUUAAUGUUUGGUAAUCCGAGUAUCAUCGUUACAGUACCCGAAGCAUGCAAGAGAGUCUUAACUGACGAUGAAUAUUUCAAGCCCGGUUGGCCUAGCUCCACUUUGAAACUCAUUGGGAGGAAAUCAUUCAUCGGUAGCAUCACAUAUGAGGAGCACAAACGCCUCCGCCGGUUAACUGCAGCACCAGUCAAUGGUCAUGAGGCCUUGUCCAUUUACGUUGGGUACAUUGAAGAAAAUGUGAAGUUGGACUUGGAAAAAUGGGCUGGAAUGGGGCAAAUAGAGUUCUUAACUGAACUUCGGAGGCUCACUUUCAGGAUAAUUAUGCACAUUUUUCUAAGCUCGGGGAGUGACCAAGUGAUGGAGGCCUUAGAGAAGGAGUACACAACACUUAAUUAUGGAGUUCGAGCCAUGGCAAUUAAUCUUCCUGGAUUUGCUUACUAUAAAGCACUCAAGGCGCGCAAAAACCUUGUGGCUAUCUUUCAAACGAUAGUGGAUAACCGAAGAGAACGCAGAAAGGACACCCAACCAACACUGAAGAAAGACAUGAUGGAGGCUCUACUGGAUACUGAAGAUGAGAAUGGAAGAAGAUUGGAUGACGAGGAAAUCAUUGAUAUACUAGUGAUGUAUCUAAAUGCUGGUCAUGAAUCUUCUGGCCACAUUACAAUGUGGGCUACCGUCUUUCUUCAGAAGCACCCAGAAAUAUUUCAGAAAGCCAAGGCAGAGCAAGAAGCAAUAGUAAGGAAUAGGCCACCUACACAGAAUGGGUUGACACUCAAGGAAGUACGCCAAAUGGAUUAUCUAUCGAAGGUGAUUGAUGAAACGCUCCGUGUGGUAACAUUUUCGUUUGUUGUCUUCAGGGAGGCAAAAGCAGAUGUCAACAUAAGUGGUUAUACCAUUCCCAAAGGGUGGAGAGUUUUGGUCUGGUUCAGAAAUAUUCAUCAUGACCCUGAGAUCUACCCUGACCCAAAGGAAUUUAAUCCUUCAAGAUGGGAUGGACUUACUCCCAAGGCAGGAACUUAUUUCCCCUUUGGAGCAGGAAGCAGGAUGUGCCCCGGGAAUGACCUUGCGAAGCUAGAAAUUGCUAUUUUUCUACAUUAUUUUCUUCUUAAUUAUGAGCUUGAACGGUAUAAUCCCGGGUGUGGUUUGAUGUAUUUACCUCAUCAAAGGCCUAAAGAUAACUGCCUGGGGAAGAUAAAAAGAGUCUCUCAACUCUGAGUGUACAGAGAAGAAAAGAAAUUGAAGUCUAUUUUCUUUGCUUUGACUCUAGCAGGAUGAUUUCAUGGAAGAAAUGGUUUUUGAUCUUAUGCUCCACCUGUUAAUGAUGAGAAUUAGUUUUCAGUAAUAAAAGAUAAGAAAACAAGUUCAUGAAAUAGUGGAGGUUUGCUGCAUUUUAUAUAUGCUCUGCCUUGGGGAAAUCUAGGACCACCAGGCUGUGCUUGGAUCAUGGAUCCAAAGGAUUUAGCUUACCAAUGAAAAGUAACUAAGGGAGAAACAAAUACAUUUCUUUUGGUUUUCUUCUUUA